AUGUCUUUCAAUCUUCCACUGUUGGAAGAAGAUCUAAAAUCCGAGAUUGAGAAAAGAAAGGAAGAAAUUCGAAGAAAGAGAGAACUACUUGAACAAUUCAAAAGCAAAAAGAACGCCACAAGUUUAUCAACACCAAUACAAAUUAAUAAUUUGGUCUCCAACAAAUACAACACAAAUGAAUUAUCAUCGGAGCCUCAAAGGAAUACAACCAGCAAUGAGCCCUCUGUAUCAUUAAUUGAAACCAAAAAAGCAACAUCUAUUCAACAAGCAAUUUUAAUGAAUCAAUUGCAAAAUGGAACGGUGGUACAAGAAAAUAAUAGAACUCAAACACAAACAGAUGACAAUUUUGCAAGUUAUAGUGUUGCAAGUUUUGAAAAGAAUGCAUACUACUCUGAAGAGGGAAUUAAUGUUGACGAUAUGGACGACGACUCUGAUUAUUUCACCUCUUUAAACGCUUUCGUGAUUGCAGAUGUAAAAAAUGUUGAAGAAACGAAAAAGAUUUCCCUAGAAGAUAGUGAGAAAAGGUAUAAGGAAAUUAUUUCCACAAAAGAAUUUCAAGAUUUUUUCUUCAAAGCCUCACAUUAUGUUGAACGGUGUAUAAAACAACCAUUCGAUCCACUUGUAGACUAUACUGAAGGUCUUUCAGGAUCCUUUCAAGCCAACACAUCAGAUGAAGCCAAUAUUGAAGCGUUAUUUUUUGAUUCAGAGCUAUGUCAGCACAAGUCUGUGACAGAUCUGUCAUGGUCACCAAAAUUUGAAGACUUAUUUCUUGUUGCAUACAGUAGUACUGAUAUAAGCCAUGACCAUGAAGGCCUUGUUCUUAUCUGGUCUCAACACUAUCCAAAGCGUAAAGAAAACGCUCUCUUUUGUGACACGCCCAUUAGUGCUGCACAGUUCUACCCCUACAAUCCAAGCCUUAUCAUUGGAGGUACAUACACUGGGCAAAUCGUUGUUUGGGACCUUCGAGAAAAAUCAUCAGCUCCUGUCAUGAGAACAUUAAUAGGUUCGAGAUCUCACACAGAGCCAAUAUUUGGCAUGGAGGUUGUAGGAAGCUCAGAAAACAGCCAUAAUCUGGUGACGAUGAGCACGGACGGAAGGGUGUGUACUUGGUCAAUGAAUAAGCUUGAUUCACCACCCGAAGUGAUUGAUCUAUAUAUUAAUACAGUCAAGACACAGGAACCGGAAAACCCACCUGCAUCGAGUAGUGACCCUAGUCUUCAAUCAAAGAGUUUCUACAGUCCUGUUACAUUACUGAGCCAUGCAAUGACAUUUCCCAAAGGAGAAAUUAAUAGGUUUUAUGUUGGAACUGAAAACGGUUCAAUUUACCCAGCACAUCGUUUCGGGAGCAAAAAAGGGGCGAACAAUGAAGUUUACUCAGGUCAUUUUGCUCCUGUCACAUCACUAGUUUCUCAUCCAUCUCUUGAAUUUUUAGAAAUAAUGCUGUCAUCAAGCAUGGAUUGGACCUGUAAACUUUGGAGCCAGAAAAAGCAUACCCCUCUCCUGUCGUUUGAAGAAUUCGAGGAUUACGUGUUUGACGUUAAAUGGUCACCCUCAAAUCCUUCUUUGUUUGCAGCUGCCGACGGAUCUGGGUGUUUAAGCUUGUGGAACAUUAAUCAAGACCAAGAAAUGCCAAUUUUCAAAAUAUCAACAGGUACUUCAGCUUUAAACAAACUUCAAUGGUCAAACGACGGCAAAAGAAUUGUGACUGGAUCCAUUUCUGGACAAGUUACAAUGUUAAAGAUUGAUGAGGAAACCGCAAUUCCAAAGGCAAGAGAUCUUGAAUCUAAAUUGUUGGAAUCCAUUAUUGUGGACCUUCUCACUGAAAACUAUUAA